AUGGCGGACCCAAUUGUGGAUCUUGCAUCUCGACCAGAUUCCCAAUUUGAUGACGAGGAGCACCUCAAACCACACACUCAGGAAAAACAGCCCAAGCAAGAACAGCUGGAGAAUGGAAAACAACAGCAUACAGCCUCAGCUCCAACGCCAAACCCACACAAUCUUUUACCGAAUACUUUCACGAUAAGCGGGGAAUAUGAGGCCAACAAUAUGAAUCCGAUCAUUUCGUCCGUUCUCGUCGUCCUUUUCUCCAUCCUCUCCUUCCUCGACACCUACAUCCUCCCUUCACAUCUCCGCGUAAUGAUCCUUGAGACUGCGCUCACGCAUCCGUUGCUCACGACCUUCUUCCUCUGCCAGUUUGUGUGCUCGUGUAUUCCGGUCAUAAUCUUUUUAAUCGGGGCUACAAUUGCGGGUGGUAUAGCGGUGGUGGUGUUUAGCUGUUUUGCACUGUUGGUGCUGGGGCCUGUCCUGGUUGCGACGACCAUCACGGGUCUGUUUCUGUGGGGGUGGGGGUGGGUGACGUUUGUGGUUGGCAGGUGGUUGCUGAGGCAGUACUUGAGCGAAGAUGGGGAUGGAGAGAAGGAUCGUGCACGGGAAAGUGUGAAUGGAUUCAAUCAAUACGAAGCGGCGAAGGUCAAGGAGGAAUCAGCUUGA